CAACCACUACUAUACGUAUAGAAUAUUGACAUUGUCUCGUUUCGGCACUUGUGUGUUAUAAUAUAAUUAUUUUUCUAAAAAUUUUUUUGCCGAAUUCUACUCAGAACCGAAGAUCGUUGGCCGAUUAUUUAACGUAUUAGAUACUUUCGAAUAACACAAACACAAUAUGUCCGAACCAGCAAAAGGUGAGGAGUUGGCAACAGCAAUUUUAAAGCAGAAAGAUCGUCCAAACAGGCUUAUCGUAGAAGAAGCAAUCAACGAUGAUAACUCGGUUAUUGCAUUGUCACAGGCGAAAAUGGAUGAGCUGCAACUCUUCCGCGGUGACACCGUGUUGUUGAAAGGUAAACGACGCAAGGAAUCUGUAUGUAUUGUUUUGUCCGAUGAAACGUGUCCGGAUGAAAAAGUACGCAUGAACAGGGUCGUGCGUAACAACUUGCGUGUAAGAAUAUCAGAUAUCGUACAAAUACAACAGUGUCCUGAUGUCAAAUACGGCAAACGCAUUCAUGUUCUCCCCAUCGAUGAUACGGUUGAAGGAUUAACUGGAAAUUUGUUCGAAGUAUUCCUCAAACCUUACUUCUUGGAAGCAUACAGACCCAUACACAAAGACGACAAUUUCAUUGUACGCGGAGGAAUGAGGGCAGUAGAAUUCAAAGUAGUUGAGACUGAUCCAUCUCCUUAUUGUAUCGUUGCAUACGACACAGUCAUUCAUUGUGAAGGAGAUCCAAUUAAAAGAGAGGAAGAAGAAGAAGCAUCAAAUACAGUUGGCUAUGAUGAUAUAGGAGGAUGUCGUAAACAAUUGGCGCAAAUCAAAGAAAUGGUCGAACUUCCACUUAGACAUCCGAGUUUAUUCAAAGCUAUCGGAGUGAAACCUCCCAGAGGUAUUCUGUUGUACGGUCCUCCAGGAACUGGUAAAACACUUAUCGCCCGUGCUGUUGCCAACGAGACUGGAGCAUUUUUCUUCCUAAUCAAUGGCCCCGAAAUCAUGAGCAAACUUGCCGGCGAAUCCGAAAGCAAUUUGAGAAAAGCCUUUGAAGAAGCUGAUCGUAACUCGCCGUCUAUCAUUUUCAUAGAUGAACUAGACGCAAUCGCUCCUAAACGUGAAAAAACUCAUGGAGAAGUAGAACGUCGUAUUGUGUCUCAACUGCUGACACUUAUGGAUGGCUUAAAGUCAUCUUCUCAUGUAAUUGUUAUGGCUGCAACUAAUCGUCCCAAUUCUAUUGAUUCGGCACUUAGGCGAUUUGGACGUUUCGACCGUGAAAUCGAUAUCGGUAUACCAGACGCCACUGGCCGUUUAGAAGUUUUAAGAAUUCAUACUAAAAACAUGAAACUCGCUGAGGAAGUGGAUUUGGAACAGAUUGCUGCAGAAACUCACGGUCAUGUGGGUGCUGAUCUCGCUUCGUUAUGUUCUGAAGCGGCUUUACAACAAAUCCGUGAAAAAAUGGAUUUAAUAGAUUUGGAAGACGAUCAAAUCGAUGCCGAAGUUCUGGCGUCAUUGGCCGUCACGAUGGAGAACUUCAGAUACGCUAUGGGCAAGAGCAGUCCGAGUGCAUUGAGAGAAACUAUUGUCGAAGUACCAAAUGUCACUUGGGAAGAUAUUGGUGGUUUGGAAAAUGUCAAGCGAGAAUUACAAGAAUUGGUUCAGUAUCCGGUCGAGCAUCCUGAUAAAUUCUUAAAGUUCGGUAUGCAACCGUCUAGAGGUGUACUGUUUUAUGGUCCUCCUGGUUGUGGUAAAACUCUGUUGGCUAAAGCUAUCGCUAACGAAUGCCAAGCUAACUUUAUUUCCGUCAAGGGUCCCGAAUUAUUGACUAUGUGGUUCGGUGAAUCUGAAGCCAAUGUCCGUGACAUUUUCGACAAGGCUAGGGCAGCUGCACCUUGUGUACUCUUUUUCGACGAGUUAGAUUCUAUUGCCAAAUCGAGAGGAGGAAACGUCGGCGACGCGGGUGGUGCUGCUGACAGGGUGAUUAACCAAAUCCUAACAGAAAUGGAUGGUAUGGGUGCUAAGAAAAAUGUUUUCAUCAUCGGAGCCACAAACAGACCCGAUAUUAUUGAUCCCGCUAUUCUCCGUCCUGGUCGUUUAGAUCAGCUUAUCUAUAUUCCUCUGCCCGAUGAGAAGUCGCGUGAAGCAAUUUUCAAGGCCAAUUUGAGAAAGUCUCCUGUUGCUAAAGACGUCGAUCUCAUUUACAUUGCUAAGGUAACCCACGGUUAUUCUGGUGCGGAUUUGACAGAAGUCUGUCAACGUGCUUGCAAACUUGCCAUCCGACAAAGUAUUGAAGCAGAAAUUAGACGCGAGCGCGAAGCCGCCAACAAUCAAGGAGGAUUGAUGGAGACUGACGUAGUCGAAGACGACCCGGUCCCGGAAAUCACCAAGGCACACUUUGAAGAAGCCAUGUUGUACGCACGUCGUUCUGUUACGGACAACGACAUUCGCAAAUACGAAAUGUUCUCUCAAACGCUUCAACAGUCUCGGGGCUUCGGCACCAACUUCAGGUUCCCGACCUCGACUGGCCAACCGGCCGCCAACAAUGCGUCGACUGGCGGUGAUCAGCCAACGUUCCAAGACGAUGGCGAUGAUGACUUGUACAACUAAGUCGGUUUUCUCCUUUCAGAUAAAGAAAUAGAAAAUGUAUAUUCGAAAUUAAGGAUUCAAGCAUUUUUUUUAUAUUAUAUUAUUUUAAAAUAAAAUGAAAAAAAAGAAAAGAGUACACCUCGAUCA